CACUUGUGUGGAGUCAUCAUAGUAAUGAAGCUCAGGCACCACAGAGACAGACUUUAGUUCACCAUCAAGUCCGACCUCAAGAUGCACUUUUUCCUGUUUGUUAAAGAUCUGAGCAUCAGAAUGAGCUGUUUCUGACUGUGGCCGGUGGUUUUAUACAGUUUUCCUCACAGUGCGUGUGAGAAGAAGCAGAAACGCUGAGAUGACGGCUUGCAGCUUCAACAUCUACAUCAUCUUCACAACUUAUCUGAGCUUCAUCUUCUACCCAAGCCAUGGGUUUGAGGUGAUUCAGCCACAGAAACGGACUGUGAACGCAGAUCUGUCCGCCUCCAUCAGCUGUGAACACACGGCGGACGUCAACUCUGUCGAAGACGUUCGACUCAACAGCAAAUCAUCAACAAACAAAUAUAGACUGCUCUGCCAGAAGGGGAAGACAGACUGUAAAAACAUCAUCAUGCAUCAAGAGAAUCCCAAAAAAUGGCUUUUCAUUUUACUCAACAUCGGGCCAGAGGCCAUGAACAUGACGUACGAGUGUGAGUUCACGGUGAUAAAAGAUGAUCUGGAUCUCACCAAGACGGGAAAACCAACCGUACUCCUGCCAGGUCAAAAGGAAGUGGCCUGUGCUCCUCUUCCUCCUCCUCCUGCUCCUCCUCCUCCUCCUCCUCCUCCUCCUCAUCAGCUCAGGUGGAUUCUGAUUGGUGUGCUGGCUCUGAUGUUCCUGUACAGCUGUGUCAUCACCUCCAUCUACAUCAUACUGAAGUGCAGCAACACAGAUCCCGAGAACUCCACCUACGUAGAAAUGAGGAAAGCUCCUCGGCUAAGGAAUCAACCGUCGGACAUUUAUUGUGGGUAGCUGACUCGUCGUUCUGAGUCAUGAGAGGCGAAACAUGAGAGUCAUCAUAGUUGCAUUCAUCCCUGAAGAGAAACAGCAGGCUGAGACUUUCUGAAGUCUUCUACUGUACAUUUGUUUGUCUUUGGUUUUACAGUAUGCAAUGUAGCACCAUGACAUUAUCUAUUAUAUUGGAUAUAUACAGUAUAUGGAUAUGUACGUUUUAUUAUACAUUUUAACCUUUUUCAAUGCUACCAACACCCAAGUUAAUAGAAGCUAUAUGUUGCUUACACUGGGAGACUUCAUGUAUACCUCCACAUGUUUUCUUUUUCAAUAACUUUUAAUUGAACAAACAGUAUAUGGGGAGUGAUGGGGACGCACAUCACUUAGUGGAUGUAAACUCCACAAAGUCCACAGCCCUAACAAUUAUUAUUGCUUAUAAUUCUACUCAAUUGUGUUUAUUUCCUUUUUAUAUUUAAUGUAUUUUAUUUUACACUAUAUAAUUUGCGUUGCUUUUUUUGGACACCACAGUGUCACUCACUUGCACAUUACAAUGUUAAGACUAUUAUUAAUACUUUUCUUUAUUAUUAUACAUUUGUACUGGCUGCUGGUUGUUUUUUGGUGGACCUCUGUCCAGGCUAGAGUAGCACUUUAGGGCUUUGGUUGUAUGAGGUGAGAGAAUUCAUGCUAUUACUCCUCCUUCAGUGGACGGGGGCCUCCUGAAGGGAAGUUGCUUCAAGGUGAGACCUGCAAUGGGCCAAAUGACAAGUCUGGGUGCAGCCCAAAGUGGUUCUGCCUUUGAAUAGUGAGGGAAAGGAAGGACGAUGAUAAAUAAAUCCAUACAUAAGUGAAUAAAAUAAAGAUGGACUCUCCAGUCACCUCCCUCUCUG